AUUCACUUUGCGUAUUUCUCUUUUCUUCUUUCAUUUAUGUAUAUAAAGUGUAUCUAUUAUGUCUGCACCAUUCUUGACAUUUCUUAACAUACCCACGCCACUUUACCAAGAGGAUCGAUCUGUGUUUCCUGCCACUGACCACAACCACCACCAAUUAUCGACAUCAUCUGCUGCUGCUGCAACAACAACCUAUGUUGCGAUUGUAUCCCGACACGGCAAGACCUUUACAAAGAUCCUAAAUCCAUCAUCGAAAAGCUCACCACAUUUUUCGCGCGGUCGAAAACGGGCAUUCAGCGGUGGGAACUCUGGAUUCUUUAACCCUCUGAUGAAGCAGCCGGCAUCUUUGCAGAAAAAGACCAAGCUUUUGCUGUUUUGGUCCCCAGGGUCAAAUAAACGAGUGGGUGACGAGCAACGAGCAAGCCUGAACUCGACAAGUGAUGACAAGAACCAAACAUGUAUGCUGUAUAAACUACCCACUGAGAUUUUAGUACGAAUACUGCAAUAUCUCAAUACCGCCGCCAAUGUGCUGCAGGUAGCACAAACGUCUCGUCGCCUUUUUACCACUUGCCACGACCACCACUUGUGGCAUCGGCUCUUUUCACAGCAUUACUUUACUCUCGCCACUGCACCAUCAGAACGCUGUUUACAACUGUACAAGGAUCAUGUGGAGCUCGAUCGACGAUGGACACAAGGCAGUGCUCACGUUUUCUACAUGAACGACGACGAGAGUCACCAGGACAGUAUCUAUGCCACAGCCUGGAUCGAUCCACAGACGAUUGUCAGCGUCAGUCGAGAUCGUAGCAUUAAAGUCUGGGACCUUGCCACACGAAAAUGUUUGCUCACCCGUAAUGAUGCUCACGAAGGCAGUAUUCUGUGUCUGACAUUGUUACUGCAAGAGAAAACAACAACAUUAAAAACAGGAGCAGAAUUUGCUGUCACUGGAUCAUCGGACACGACAUGCACAGUUUGGUCAUUGCCCAAUUGGGACCGAAUUCGGCAAUUUUCGGGCCAUACGCAUAGCGUGUUGUCGGUUUUGGCCAUCAACGAUGACAUGGUGGCCACAGCUUCAAGGGAUACCACUGUUCAAAUCUGGCGGGUGACAGAUGGCAAAGUGUGUCACGUAAUGCACGGGCAUAGUGAGGCCGUGAAUGCAGUCAAGCGGUUGGAUGACCAACGGAUCGUAUCAGCGUCAGGGGAUGGCACAUUGAAAAUUUGGUCAAUUGAAACAGGUGCGUGUCUUGAAACGCUGACGAGUGAUAUCGGUGGAUUGUCAUGCAUGCAAGUGGUCAAUAGUCAAACGAUCUGGGCGGGCGGUUUAAGUAGCCAUAUUCAAAUAUGGGAGCUCUCUACUUGUGGUAAUCUAUGGAAAACGGUCACCAUCAUGAACUCUGGACAUACCAAUCUUUUGAGAACAAUCGAUAGCUUCAAGGAUAAGGUUGUUACUGCUGGAUACGACAAGGUCAUAAAAGUUUGGGAUUCAAGGACCGGAAAAUGUUUGUUGAAUUUUCAAAGUGGCCAUGCAAGCAAAAUCUUUAGUGUUUUGCUCGGAAAGACCAGCAUUGUCAGUGCUGGUCAUGACAAGCGAAUCAUGGUGUUGGAUUUUGCCUAUCUGCUUUCCAAGGAACUAGUACGACUGUAAAAAUACUGAUCUAAUGUAUAUAACUGGAGCAGUAGUAUCACAAUACUUUAUACCCUUAACAUGGCAACCCCCUUAUUAUGCUGCUUACUUCACCUCUCAGUUACAGUAUAUAUGUAUAAUUCCGUACGAUUUAUUUCUGAAAUCAAGGCGUGGACAUAUUGCUUCUUAUAACAAUUAUGACUACAGCAAUAUUUAU